CAGCUGUCAUGGCCGUCAACAUAGUCGCCCUUGCCGAAGUUCCUAAACAUUUUCAGCGUUUGGGAAAAAAUGUGUCCUUAUGCGGACGCGCCUGCGUCCGCCCCAAAUCGACGAAAUCGCCAAAGACCACAACCGUGUGUCAAGAGUACGACGGCGUCACGAGAACCCCCGUUGAAACGGUGAACGCCGCGACGGCGAUCAAGAGGCUCAACUUCGAAAACCUGUCCCUCUUCGGACCCGUGCUCAAGUCGACGAAACAGCGGAACCUCGACGCCCGAAUCGGCAUGAGACUGAGCUACCUGGACGAACGGGUGCCGCGUCGCGUCAGGACGCCCAAACUCGCCUACGAAGAGCAGCUCAAGUCGGCUCGAAAGGUUCGCGUGAUCGAGACUGGUUACCGCGACCUCCCCGAAGUCGAGUACGCGGACUCGGCUCAGGCGCAGCAACUCGAGGCGAUUCGUGCCGAAAAAGAAGCGAUCAAAGUCGGAAGAUUCGUCCGGAAAGACGUCCCGCCCUCCGGGGCCGCGUUCCAUAUUCCCAGGGACCGUAGCGAUAAAGAGGUGACUUUGGACUUCCCCAUCUUUAAUUUCCUUAGGGACGACAUCGCCGCCGCGACCGUCGAUGAGACUGGUGACGGUGCUGUUUCAUUGGAGACAAAGACGGAGGUCUCGUCGGGUUACCCGAGCGUCACAGCGAUCCUCAGGGACACGAUGGAUCCCCUGUCGAGGCGCAGGCUCGAGCUGUGGAAGGAAAGGAUGGUGGCGGAACUUGGGCAGGAGGGAUUUGACAUCUAUCAACAGCUGCUCCUGAACCGGGGAAAAUCGCUGCACCGCAGCAUCCACGAGCUCCUAAGCGGGCGUCCCAGGGACGAGGUGUCGGUGGAGCCCGAAAACGAGGGACACUGGGCGAGCGUGAGGGCUCUGCUCGAAGAGAUCGGUCCGGUUCGCUACCUGGAGACACCGGUGUCCCACCCCCACCUGAUGUAUAGUGGCAUCGCAGACUGCGUUGCCACGUACAGGGACGAGCUGGUGCUAAUCGACUGGAAGACCUCGAAGAAACCGAAACCCCGGUUGUCAGACACCUUCGACAAUCCGCUUCAGGUGGCCGCCUACAUCGGAGCGCUUAACUACGACGACAACUACAAGAUCCAGGUGAAGGACGCCCUGAUCGCGAUUGCUUACGAAGACGGGAGUCCGUGCCAGGUGCAUCGCAUGGGACCCGCCGUCUGCCAAAGGAACUGGGAGCGCUGGCUGCAGAGGCUGAGGAGCUACUGGGACCUGGUCUCUCAGGACACGCGAGCCUCCUUGUAGGAAGUUGUCACAUAAACGUCUGCCGCCAGUUC